UUCCACUAAAGGAAAAAGAGUUGGUAUUAAGGCCAAAAGCAAGAAAGCAAAGCACCACCAAAGUUCUGAGAAUCAAGAAAAAUGGAUUCAGACUCUCUUCUUCCUCUCUCUGAAUCUCUUGAGCUCCCAGUCAUAGAUUUCUCCGAUCAGAACUUAACACCAGGAACCUCAAAGUGGGAUGAAGUGAAGGCUGAUGUCCGUAAAGCGUUAGAAGACUACGGCUGCUUCCAAGCUUUCGUUGGCAAAGUGUCAAACAUAGAGCUUACCAAGUCUGUUUUUGAAGCCAUGGAAGAGCUAUUCGAUUUGCCGGUUCAGACCAAACAGAGAAACGUGUCGUCGAAACCCUUUCAUGGGUAUCUAAGUCACAAUCUUUACCAGAGUUUAGGGAUUGAAGAAGCUAAUGAUGCUGAGAAAGUUAACUAUUUUACACAACAGCUAUGGCCUGAUCAUGGAAACAAGAGUAUUAGUGAGACGAUGCACAAGUUCUCAGAGCGGUUAGUGGAACUGGAUGUGAUGGCGAGAAGAAUGAUAAUGGAGAGUUUUGGGAUAGAGAAGUACCUUGGCGAACAUCUGAACUCUACAUAUUAUGUUCUUCGAAUGAUGAAGUAUACAUCACCUCCUGAUGACGAUGUAGAAGAGACAAAGCUAGGUUUACUUUCUCAUACCGACAAGAGCAUUACAACAAUACUUCAUCAAUAUGAAGUUGAUGGUUUGGAAAUUAAGACCAAAGACAACAAAUGGAUCAAAGUGAAACCAUCUCAACAUUGUUUCAUCAUUAUGGUUGGAGAUUUUCUCUGUGCACUUUUGAAUGGUAGAUUGUAUUCUCCAAAUCACCGAGUCUUGAUGACGGCAAAGAAGACAAGGUAUUCGACUGCAAUGUUCUUUGUUCCAAAACAAGGAGUUGUCAUAGAUGCACCUGAAGAACUUGUCGACCAAGAACAUCCCCGUAUGUUCAAACCCUUUGAGUAUAAUGAAUUCAUUAACUUCUUUCACUCGGAAGCUGGUCGUAAAGCUGAAUCUGCUCUCCAUGCUUUCUGUGCUCUCUGAAACAUUUGAACUUUUAUUCACAACAAUGAUUGUAAUGAUUUUACAUUUCAUGGUUUAGGUUUUGCUCCUAUAUUUCUUUUCAUGUUUCUUUUGAUUUGAUAUGUUAUCACAUGGGUACAUAAACUCUACUAGAUGGUCUUAUUCAAGGACAAUCAUAUAUAUGUAAGCAAAAGUGACGAUAUUCUGGAGAUUUCGUUGGCAUGCACACGCAUAACUAGUCACUUUGAUUGACUUGUGAAACAUAAACAUGGAUGCUGGUGUACAUAGUAUAAUAAUCAGCUUAGGAACAAAUAACAAUCAUCAAAAUUUUGUUAGAAAAGUAUCACAAAUGUUUUUAAAUUGUUUACCUUAUAUCCACUACACGAAGUUUUUGACUGAUUUUUAUUUAGUGUCUUUUCUGUAUAUGCAAUUUGUAUACCGGUCAAUUAUUUAUACACAUCAGAUGUUUCAAAAACCUUUACAUGAAACUAUAGUACAAGAAAACUCAGAGAACCAACUGUGUAUGCAUUAUCAAGAAAAAAAAUUAGACAAACUCUAGACUCUAAUUAAUUUUUUAAUCAUUCAACGAAUAAGUGUAUAACACACGUAUUCAAUACAUACACAUGCAAGCAGCAGCGUUACAGUUGUUAUUAAUUGUGGUCGUCACUCUCAACAAACGCAUUUAUUACAAAAUUAUUUAAUUAAUAAACAACUAGCAUAACAGCUAAUUCAAGCUAGCAUCUGUAAUCACAUUCUAACUACUAGUUAUAGAACUCGAUUCCGUAAAAAGAAAAAGUUUGGUAUUAAGGCCAAAAUCAAGAAAGCGAAACACCACCAAACUUCUGAGAAUUAAGAAAAAAUGGAUUCAGACUCUCUUCUUCCUCUUUCUGAAUCUCUCCAGCUCCCAGUCAUAGAUUUCUCCGACCAGAACUUAACACCAGGAACCUCAAAGUGGGAUAAAGUGAAGGCUGAUGUCCGUAAAGCGUUAGAAGACUACGGCUGUUUCCAAGCAUACGUUGACAAAGUGUCAAACAUAGAGCUUGACAAGUCUGUUUAUGAAGCCAUGGAAAAGCUUUUUGAUUUGCCGGUUCAGACCAAACAGAGAAACGUGUCUUCCAAACCCUUUCAUGGGUAUCUAAGUCACAAUCUUUACCAGAGUUUAGGAAUUGAAGAUGCUAAUGUUGCAGAGAAAGUCAACGACUUCAUUCAACUGCUAUGGCCUGAUCAUGGAAACAAGAGUAUUAGGUAUGACUUUUACUUUUUGGACUUCUUAAUUUUAAUCUAUGUUUUUAAAAAAAUUGUUUCUAAAGAUAUAUAUUUUUUAAGUGAAUGAUAAAUUGUAAAUUUAUAAAAUUUAAUUGUGUUUAUUGAAUUUUAAUUGAUUAAAAAUUAAGAAAAUAGUUAAUCACAAAGAUAAAUAUCUAUACUAUACUAAAAGCAAUAUAUAAAGAGCAGAGAACCUGUCCACGUCAUCUAAAAAAUUCAACCAAUUACAAGUUCCAGUUUUGACAUGUCAACUGGAUUUACUCAGCAAAAUUUUUUGGCGGAUCAUUCAUUUGGGCUAACAAAAUAUUUAAACGGCCCAAAUUAAGCAUAUAGCCUUCAUGUUUUUAUUGAUAUACUUUUCCCCUUUCUUCCACGAUCUGCAUCCCUAAUUGACUUCUUUAGACUCUAACCUCUAGAUGACGAUUCAUUCACUCUUCAGAUAUUCCUCCUUCGUUAUACAUACGAUCCGACUUACACGAUAUUUUUAAGUGUUGAUUUUGUCCGCGGAGAGGCUUCUCCGUCACUAGAUGAAACAGAUCUGAGCUUUGAGGUUAUAGAAAAUAUGGCGAGUUAAGAGGUUUCUACGAAAGGAAAUCAUCGUGGAGGAAUAGAGAACUUCUCCACCGCUUUCGCCGGCGGCGAGGCGGAGAUAACUCAGUCUAACCGCUCUGUGGGGGCUGAGCGUGUUGUCGACCCUGAAGCUGCUCUCUACAAAGAGCUCUGGCAUGCUUGUGCUGGUCCUCUCGUGACGGUCCCUCGACAAGAUGACCGUGUCUUCUACUUCCCUUAGGGACAUAUUGAGCAGGUGGAAGCAUCGAAAAACCAAGAUGGCGGAACAGUAGAUGCCUCUCUAUGAUCUUCCUUCGAAGAUCCUUUGUCGAGUCAUUAAUGUUGAUUUAAAGUGGUGCUUAUGCGCAGAUUACUCUUUUUCUGGAACCUAUUCAAGACGAGAAUGCAAUUGAGAAAGAGGCACCUCUUCCUCCGCCCCCCAGGUUCCAAGUGCAUUCUUUCUGCAAAACCUUGACUGCUUCGGACACAAGUACGCAUGGUGGAUUUUCUGUGCUUAGCCGACAUGCUGAUGAAUGUCUCCCGCCUCUGGAUAUGUCACUUCAGCCUCCUACUCAGGAGUUAGUAGCAAAAAAAUUGCAUGGAAAUGAGUGGCGUUUUAGACAUAUUUUCCGAGGUCAACAACGAAGGCAUUUGCUUCAGAGUGGGUGGAGCGUGUUUGUUAGUUCCAAGAGGCUGGUUGCAGGCGAUGCAUUUAUCUCUCUAAUUUUUGUUGGUUUUUGGUUCAUGGUAUUCUUGAUUUGUAUCUAUAUGUUUAGUUGAUCUGUAAUAUCUGGUUCUUCUGCAGGGGUGAGAAUGGGGAAUUACGUGUGGGUGUAAGGCGUGCAAUUCGACAACAGGGAAAUGCGAGAAGGAAGGCACACAGGUUACAAAGAGAACAGUUUCCUCUUCUUUGUUUCUUUACCAGGAGCGUUGAGAUCAUAUAUGAUGCAAUAUUACAUAUGGUAGCUCAGAAACAUUUCCAUGAGCUGAUCGAGAUACAAUGGUACCUACAGAUGAUGUGUGAAAAGCAACUAAAGUUACAAGAUACCAGGAGCUCUUCCUCAAUGCCUUAAUCAAAGCAAUGUAAUGGCAUGUUUACCGCAUCAAAAUUUGGUUUCAGGACAAACCGUGAACCAAACUGAAUCUGCUUUUAUAUCAGUGAAACUAAGUCCAUUUAACCUU